AUGAUCCAACCAUAUGGAAAUUCAUUUCUGCUUUAUUUUUCCACUGUGAGAGUUGGGGGGUUAAAGGAGUUGCUUCUUGUAGAGCAAGGACCUCCAAAGGCCACCCAAGAGGAGCUAGUAAGAACCCUUCCUGCUGGCAAUUACAUAGAGUGUGUUGCAGGUGGCAGCAAAGCCCAGUAUCUUGAGUGUUGCUGCAAAGGCUGACCACCUUUCUUCUGCUCCUAUUACGCCUACAUGGGCAACGUCCUUCCGAGCAGCCUUGUUGCUGUGUGUGUGCAUGUGUGUGAAAAAUGGACAUGGCGCCAGGGGCGCCAUCAUACAUACAUACAUCGUUCAGCACAUCAUACACGAACACUGUUCCACAGGAUUACUCACGCCCUCCACCUCCAUACUCCUCCGACUCUGAGAUGUCCAAGUAUCCUCUACCCCGUCUACCUUACACACCGAUUCAGCCAGGGCCAGCCAGCUACUCCCCUCCUCCUCCUCCCUUCUGGAGGUGCCUGAGCACAUGAUUCCAUGGCUUCCAACUAGCAGCUGAAAUGAAGCACUCAGGGAGGCCUGGCUAUGCAGGCAGCAGAAUAACCUCAGGUGUGUGGCGUAGGGCCCAUUGCAAUAAUGAUUCAGCAGUGGUGUGUUCUUCUGCUGACUAAAUGAAAAAUGAAGAUGGUGUGGAAAUGAAUAAUAAUUGAAUACAAUGUAGGAGUGGACAAGGAGACACCAUAACUUGCUGUGCUUGCCGUCAGCUAUUUUCAAGUGUUUAUUAUCUCUGGCUGUGCUGUUCAAAGGGACUGAGUUGUCUUUUUAAAUUGAACAUUACCUUUCUCGAGGGAACAUUAUUACUAGCCCAGUAGGGAUUUUUUUCCAAGGACAUUUAUAUACGUUCUUUUUUGUUUCAGUUUUUUUUAAUUUAAUCAAACUGUUUGUUUCUCCAACAUCCCAAAAUCAUGCAUUGAUUGGAGACUCGAAAUUGCCCCAAGGUGUGAUUGUGAAUCCAACUGUUGCC